AGAAAUCUUUUGAAGCAAUCAACAAUGGUCUUGAUGAAAUUUCACAGGCUAGCCAAAAUGAGAAUUCUGCAAAUGCAUCUACUUUCCAAGGUAAAAAUUAAUGUAGCCAACAAAUUUUAAUUUCAGAUUAACAUCUCUUGGUUGGGGGUGAUUAAAAAAGGUGGAUCUGAAUCAAUAGCCUAUAUUUUAAUGAGUGUUAAUGCACCUAUCAAUGUUAAUCCCCUGAGGGGGGGGGGGGCAUACGUGGGGCAUUUGAUUUUUCGAACAAAUAGUCAAAGGAAUGAAAGUGUUAAUUUGAACAAAACAAAUGAAACAGAGACAGAACCAAACCUAACCCAAUUAAUUAUAACGUCACGUUUCAAACAGAAACAAACCGGUAAAAUAGUUUAGGCUACUCUAUACAAUGUACAUACCCUAACGUAAAUGGUAGUAAUUACAAAAUGUACCUGAUCAGAUGAAAAGCCCUAUAUUUUUAAUAUAAACGAUAUUUGUUGUUUAGGAACGUCCGAGUUCCUUUUGAAAAAUCCCGAGUUUGUUGAAAAUCAGAACGUGGAAAGUGGAAUAGUAUGUAACAAGGACACUGGAGGGUUGAAGACGUUGCAAUGUUGGUCACGAGGAAUAUUUUUCAUUGUCAGUGCAGGUGGUCAUAUUGAUUAUUGGCAACCGCUGUACAGGUAACUCGCCUAUGCAAUUGAUAGUAAUUUUGGCAUUUCCUAUUCUCCUUGUACCACAUAUAUACUAAAUAGAGAAUAACUUUUUAGGUCAGAAUCUCCCACACAGGCAUUUCUCAUAACCGUUCUUUGGCUGCAUGGUAAACUUAAACGUUUAAAAGAUGUUGGUCAUAGCGAUGAAAGCAUUAUUCAAACAAUGUCAUCAGUUAUCCUUGCAUAUGAUAACAUGUGCCAUUUAGAUGGCCUUUUGGUGUCAAAAAGGAAUCUCCCCCUUCCUAGGCCCUUUGACCAAGCAUGGAAAUGUAUUGGAAAAGUGAUUGAUAGGUUGCACCUCCGAAACCAUGUUGAUACAAAGUGUCAAAAGCUGUACAACCCAGAUGAUAAAGUGCCAAAAGGUUUCAACACAAUGGCGUGUGAGCAAACUUUUAUCUGGGCCAGUCGGUUCAAGAAAGUCAUGUGUGCUAUGCCACAUCUUCACCAGUUCUUUUUCCUACACAGACUUGUUCAGUACAGAAACAAGUACACUGAGAAAUGCCAUUUACACCGCAAAACACCAGUUUUGCCAAAGAAAUAGAGUUUCUGUUAAUGUCUAUAGUGCAUGUAACAAUUAUUAAUAUGGUUUUUGGGCAUGCAGGAUUGCAGGGUGUAUAAAAAAGUACAUUACUGCCAUGAACGCAUGAAAGUAUAUUACUACCAAUCUGCCAUGAACGCAUCGUUAGUGUGACGAACGGAUUAGCCCCAUCAAAUUACUGCAAUAGGUUAUGGCUAAUUUGAAUUUGAAAGGUGUACUUUUUUAUACACCCUAGGCCUGCAUAGCGUAAAAAUGAAUUAAUUGUACCUAUAUUAGCUUUAGACAUUGAAACGUUCCUGUAGCUUAGCAAGAAUCCAAACAAUAUGUUAUAAUCAAGUAUUAAAUCAAAUAUUAUUCAAGUGCUAUAUUAUUAAAAGUAGAUUUUUUCAAUGUCACGUAACAUACGCUCAAAACUCGAUAUGAGUUCACAGGCGGCACAAUCUCUGAACGUCCUAGAUGAUUGACAACAAAGUUAUUUUGAGUGGUACGCCAAAAUGAUUUAGGUUUUGAACAUUACGCGACAUUGAAAUUGUUAUUUAUCAAAUUUAUGUACAAUAGUUAAUAUCUAAAUAAUUUAUCUAAAAUAUACUACAGUGGUUUUAACAUGUCACCGUAGCUGUCUAAAUAUUCUAAUGACUAUCAGGUGUCGUACAACCAUCACACAGGAACGUUUUCUGUUUCUUUAACGCUGCAGUGUAGUUGAGGCCAACGCAAUUAUAAUGUACCCAUUGCGCACAUGCAUUGCACUGGAUCCAGCCAGUCUUUUUCUUCUUGUUGCAAACAUUGCAAUUAUUUAAAUUUUUUGAUUGGCCAUCAUUGUGUCUCUUGGAUGACCACUGCGUUUCAUCUAAAUAAAAGGAGAAGAGGAAAGAAACCAAUUUUUAUAUGGGUAUAAAAAUAUAUCUUCGCUCUUGUCACUCAUAAUUCGCUAUAAAGAAAUAUGACAUUAAUUAAUUUAUAUAGCAGCAGACACAAGUAUACAGAGAUGACGAAAACGUUACAUGUUGCAUAUUAUCUUUUUUAUACUGGACAUCUCUUUCAGUUUUAAACUGUUCCCCUUAGAGAUCCAGUAAGGGUCAUCCCUCAAAAGAUCUGAUCCUCGGAACGCUAAUUUGAUUUAAACAAUUAAACUCUUUUAAGGCUGCUUUCCAGUCACGUGUUUUUCAUACGUGCGUAUACGCACGGAAAAGUUGAAAUAUCUUUAAAUGUUAUUUAUGAAAUAACUGAAUGAAAGGAAAGCAUAUAGUUUUGUGAAUGAUUUAAUGUGCAUUCAUGUAAAGGUCAUUCGUACUAGUGAAUUAAAACACGUUACUGGAACGAAACCUUUACUCAAAAUUUACAAUUAUCUCAACUCGCCAACGUUUGCAUACGUGCUUGCUUCUACAAAGAACUAAUUACUGUACCUUCACUCGCGAAGUCGGUUAUGUCGCGCUCAUCGGCUAUUCCUGAAAAACAAAAUACUACAUAUAAAAACCACACGAAAACAGCAUAACGAACUUCAUACACAGAUUUAAAAGUGGAUGAAAAACAUGAGCUGCGUGCUGAUAAAAUAUAGAACAGAAUUCUGGUUACUUGUAACUAAUAGUGAUUUAUCAGAGUCAGCAAAAAAUUAAUAUUAAUUAUUUUCCUUGUAUAUAGGGGUUGGAUGCAGUGAAAUAAUUAACAUAAUUUACUCGCCUUGAUAUGAUUACUUUCAGUAAGUUAAAAUUUGACCACAUGCAUACAUAUGCGAUGGCUUGACGUUUAAUAAUAUUUAUAAAUUAUAAUUCAAAAGAAAUGAAUGUACUAAUAAUUUCGAAUAUUUAUACAGGAUAACCCAUUAGCACUCUUGUCCUUUUAUCACUAGGUUCCAUGAGGAAACCCGCGUAUUCCAUACAUAUUAUAUAUUUGUAUAUUCUCACCUGAGUCAUCCAGUGAUGUCACACGCAUUGUUGGCAUUGCAGUCUGUGACAACUGAGAUUCUGGAAUUACAAAUAGUGAUGUAAGUCCAUUUGGAAAAUAUUUAUAACAAGAUUGACGAUAUUUCCUAUCGAUGUUAAAGAUAAUUAUCUUGUUAUGACUUUGUUUAUAAACUAAUCUACAAUUCCCGAGACAGCUUGAGCAACACUGCUGGAAUCACUGCAACAGCUUGUCCUUUCUUGUUGCUUCCUUGUUUGGCUUCUGUAUUCUUCCAAGCUCGAUUGUGCUUCCAUUAACUUACGCUUGAUAGUAUCCAUCUCCUUUUUAAGUAGCUCAUUUUGGUCGUCUUUUUCUUUAAUUUGCUUUGUCCAUCUGCUGUUCACGUCUUCAAUUUUUUUCUGACAGUGUUCCUUUAUUUCUUUUGUCUCAUUCGCAUGACUUUCUUUCAUUUCUUCCAAUUCUCUCUCUCGUUCUUCAUAUUCUCGACACUCUUCUUCUGUGGUCUCCUCUGCAUCUUCUUGGCAGGGUUCUAUUCCAAAAACUUUCAAGAUAGAAAUGACAUAAUGUUGAUACGGUACACUACCAAUAUACUGGCAUUGUUCAGUUGCCCAACAACAUGCACACAAACAUUCCAUUUUCGGAAUAUACCACUGUCCAAAGUCUUGAUACCAAAAUAGCUAUCAGUUCAAACGUUCAUGCGCAAAUUAAAUAUUAAUAAAUUUCUAUUUUUUUUGUAUUUUUUAUUUACCUUCAUUCGGUUACCGUAAUAAGGUGUAUACGUAAACAUUUUUAGCCACUUCAGGUUCAUGUCGAGAAUACACAAAUAUAAAUUCUAAACCUGAAUCUACCUGCGUAAUGAUAUUAUGGGUAAGGAUUAUUAACUUCUUAUUAACCGAACGCGAUGUCUGCACAGCAACAUUUUGUACAAAAAGACCGAGGUAGUUGGAAAGAGGGAAGACUGAAAUGGAAGACAAAACACUGAAUUGUCUAUAGGCAAUUUAAGUCUUGCGUUUACAGUUGAGCCCUCCCACACAUGACAUAUAUUACAAAUAUAAAUUAAGGUAUAUCGUGGACGAUAGUGUUAACGAUAAGUUGAUAACUUACGCGUAUCAAUUUGAACGAGUAUCUCAUUACUGAAGUUGUGCCGUGGGACUUUGACGCAGCUUAUCUUUGAUGGCUGAUCCUUGAACAUUGACUUCAACUCGCUGUUAGCCCCAUCGGCCUGUUUCACAAGGUCCCGAACAUUUUUGUCUGUGGGUUGGUCGUCUAAUUUUGCAUCUCGGAUGACGCCCAAUGCCUUUGGGACAACAAAGACGAUUGAUGAAAAGUCGGUGUCCUUGUUGCUUCUGACCUUUGGCUGCAUCCACUUUGCAACCUGUAUGGCAAGAGAAGUAAUGAACCGGUUUUAGUUACUUUAUAAAAAAACUUGUGCGUGUACUUAUGUUGUACAUUCAUUAACAUAAAGUCUUUAAAUCAGCAUGAUAACUGGUGUACAACCAUUGCUAUUACCUCACAUUUCCCUAACUGCAUUUGUUGAAUCGCUUGUAAUACCAAACGAAAGAACUCUUCUAAAGCGGUUAUAGCCUUUAUGCUGACAUCAUAAAAUGAUUUCACAUAGGGCAUAAACUCGCUAAUCAGGUAAUGGUCAAAACUUUUCCUACUUAUGACGUCUUCGUCAUCAACCAUUGCAAUUAUCUGAAAAGCAAGAAUACAAUGUUAUUUUUAUAUGGAUAGGACUAUCGCAACUGAACAGAUUGGAAAUUGCUCUCGAUUUCGUAAAACAGCUAUUUGGGGGAUAAUAACGUUUCUUUAAGGUCCGAUAUGCGAUACUUUUUCCAGCUCAGACCAUAUCAUAAUAUAAAAUAUUAUACAUGCAUAAAAUAUAAGAUUAAAAUGUUUAUUAGAAUCCUUACCUCGUACGAGAAGAGCCUGUAGACUGAAUAAAUUUCAGCCAACCGUGGUGGAAAUCGUCUCAGAUGUGCCUUGAAAAAAGCAAUGUGGUUGGCUAACAUGUCAUUACUUAGGAGUUCACCCAUUACUAUUAUAUCUGGAAUACUGUGGGUACUUGCACAGCCAAAGAUACGGGUUGUUGCUGCCAGGAACUCCGUUACUAUUUCCUGGACUUCCCCAUCCUCGUUAUUUUCAUUAGAAAGUUUGUGAAACCAUAUGGGAGUUGUCCUCUCGAAUGACCUGCAGAGAAUAAAUAUUUAUAUUAAUGUAUAAUUUUGCUACAUGCAUGCAAUUUAUUGUAACUGAUCAUGAAAAGCAAAUUUUCAAACGCGAAAUAACACAUUUAGUUUCCAAUGUACGUAUUAAGAUAACUGAUUCAAAUGAUUUCAUAAUUAUAUAAAGGCGAGUGGGUCACCCUUUUGUUCUUCCCACAUUACAGUGGAAAAAGUUUUGAAAAUCCAUAGAAUGGAAAUUGUAUGCGGACCUUUAUUGGAAAUAGAAUGAAUUUUUGAUUAUCCAUAAUAAUUGUAUGUUUCCAUACUAUGGAUAUAGUAUCGUCAACGAAAUGACCGGGCAAUCAAACAACUUGUGGACGAUUUUUCUCUUAUUAGAAUGGUAGUAGCAAGAAAAACAUUCGUCUUAGUUUGAGUCUAAACUCGAUCAAUACAAUAGCCGUUUAUUGUUAUACCUGUAUGUCAACUGAAAUCCCAAAAUUACGUCAUUGCAAACAAAGAAUUAAGUUUUGCCACUGACAAUUAUAGUCAAAUGUGAACUGUACAAUCCAUUUGGUAUUAUAACUGUUCUUUAAAUAUCAGAUACCCAUCCAUAGUUCUUUUGACACUUGGAUCGUACAUUUGAAUAUUAACUGCUUGUCAUGGCUACUUUCAUUGAAAUAGCUGUAUAUAUAAAAAGCAUAUUACCUCAUAUCAUCGCUCAUUUUAAAAUUGACAGUCAAUAAAAAUGUCGUCAAUGGUUUCUCAUCGCCUCUCUCCUGCGUCUGAUUCCCUAGGCCAUUGAAGACUGACACAAGUGGUGAACGCAAUACACUGGCAUGGGUAGGGUCAUCCCAGCAGGUGGGGAUUGUAGAUUUCGUCACCUCGGAUAUCACAAACUCUGCAGAAGAUUGUGACACACUAUGCAUUCCCAUCAAUGCUCCGACCAACUUCAAAGCAGUUGAUUUUCCGCUAGUAGGUUCGCCCACAGCAGUAGCAACAGGACAUGCAUCUACAAAAUGAAUUUAUGUAAAAACUCGUAUUGUUGUAAUGCGCAAAUCAAAUCGAAACCUUGACCCCCCCCCCCCACGGGCAUACCUGGGGAAUUUGCUUGUUUAGUAUUUGAAGAAGGUGGGAAUCGGGAGUUUGAACUUUUUUCUAGUGGGAGGUGGGGAAUUUGCUUAGGGGGUCGGGAAUUUGAAUUUUUCUUUUUUACACGUGUGCUGAAUCCAAAAUGGCGUCAAUGACAAUGGAUGAGUUCAAGUGCGAAGAAAUUAACUUUGUCCUUGGUUGGCUACAAAAGAACGGCUUUGAACGAUUGAAAAGAGUUUCUGAAGGAAAGAAAAACUUUGUAAUUCCAAAAUUACGAAAUGCUGUAGCUUUCAAUUCGUACGUGAGGUUGGGUAUUUAACCUGACCAAAACGUCAAAAUCCAAAUUCCCGGGGGGAUGUCAAGGUUUCGAUUUGAUUCGCGCAUAAUCUUGCAUUAAGUCAAUCGUUAACAUCAUGAUAUUUUUGGAAAAUAUCCAUGAUAUCAAUCUAACCCGAGAAAAUUUUUAAGUAACGCACGUACAACUGUAUUGUCUGUAACUAUAUAUACAGCUAUACUGUACUGUAUAUAAAGAUCACAUGCAUGGUUGGUGAGCGUGUACGAUUUUUAUUGACGAGUUUGUAUAAAAUUGCAUACGAACUUGUGAGAAAUCGUACAAACGAACCAACCAUGCAGUAAUUUGUUUAUUAUAUAUGUCUAGAGUAUUUAAAACUCAUGAAAGGCUCACAGUCACAGCGAACAACACGGAAGCCAAAUAUUGAAGCUUUAAAACAAGGUUGUUUACAGUUUAUUUCUUCAUUAUUUGGCUUGCUCCCUUCAUUUCAUUUGCAUAUAUAGCCUUUACAUAUAUAGUUGACCUCAUCCCACCCUUCGCACAUAUAAUGAAUGCACUUCAAGGCAGAUAUAUGAAAAUAUCAAACUUACGAAUUGUUUUCAGCAUUUUCUUGAAGUGAAAAGCUCCUAUUCCACCCUUAAUAACAAAAUGAACGGCAUGAAAUUCACACCGAAAAAUUCCUUCGACUUCUGAACAAGAGUAUGCCAAUUAAAUGCUCGUAUGGGCAAUUCAAAUUGGACAGGGUGGGCAUGGAAGAAUGCCUUUGGAAUGGUUUUGUCAGUCAUGGCAGUGGGCAUAAGUGGAAGGAAGGGUACCAUCCAAAUAUGUCGCCAUUCUGGUUCAUGAAGUACGCCAUUUCUGGUCAGCUGUAAAAAAAACAGCAUAUGUUUCUCUUUCGUUACUGACAGUAGUGGCUGUAGUGCAGCCGUGCAGGGUAGCAACUUUUUUUAGCAAAGUCAGUCUGGGGAUGAAGAUUUUUAUCACACCAACCUAAGCAGGGCUUGCUUUUCUUUAACAACAUAUUCAAGAUCAGUGAACUCAAUGUUUUUAUCAUUAAAAAGGUUCACUGAUCUUGAAUAAUCCUUGAUUUUCCUAGUUAGUUGGUUUUUUUCAAUUGAAAGGGUUGUAAUUCGCCUUAAAAACCAUCAUUCAAAAGGCUGAACUGUGCCUUUAAUUCAGAUAAACGCUAUAUUAUUAAUUUUGGUAUUGUUAUCAGUUGACUCGAAAUUUCACAAGAAAUUAUAUACUUACUUGUACAUUCUCGUUCAAAAUGUAAAUGGCCGAAUCAAAAUCGCCUUUCGUUUUAACGUCGGUAUCCUCCUCGUCAUACCAACCCGGUAUUUCCUCAAGGUAUUCGCCAAAUUGGUCAACCUUUUUAAGGUUUCUUUGACGGCCAAGUGUAAAACUCCCGGUGAGUUCUCUCGGGUUAUUUGUGGCAAACUCGCAAACUACCGACAUGACAUAUGAACUUAGUUGUUCAUUGUUGACCCCCUGCCAGAAAAUUCCGCCGUGCUCGUUGAACGAUCGAUUUAUGACUGCUUUAAAGUUUUUGGCAGAAUCCAUUUCGUCAAUAGUUGUGUAACACUUCCUAUGAAAGUAAAGCCAAGCAUGUCAUAGAAGGACAUCAGAAAAUUUAACAAUUACAUUAUGAACUCAAGAUUUCUACGAGGUGAUCAUGAUAGUGUCAACACGGAAAAUGUUUUAUCGGUGUAUCAAAAAAGGGUGUAUAAAAAAUUAUCUCAUACUUAGAGCGUAUUAGCGGCUUUCCUAUUGGCUACGAGGAGGUGCGUUCAAUCUCGAACCCACCUGCUGACGUAUGUUUAGGAGGUGGGUUCGAGAUCGAUGUUUUGGCGGCGGCCAUUAUGAAGUCUAUGAAGCGAUUUGAACAAAUUUCAGACGAAGAUUUAAGUAAAAAAAAUAAAUUAACUGUUUUUAGUUGUUUUAUAAUUAUUAUUUUUUUUAUUUUGUGUGAUGAAAAUGGAAUGUUCUGCAUUCAAAGUGGAAAAAAAGAAAGAUGGCCGCCGAAAUUUGUUCGGCACGAGCAGGUUUAUAUAAAUCUUGGCAUAGUUUUUGCAGCAUGUGUUCAUUUUCUCUUUUGCAGAUUAAGGGAGUAUUGUAGCGAAUUUUUUUUAGCUUUAAUUUAAGCCUAAGUUUGUUUGUUUGCAUGCGUAGUAUGUUGGUGGCUAAAAUGUUCGUUAUCCAAACACGAAAUUAUAUACUAAAAAGUAAAAUGCGUAUAAAAUUCUUCAGUACUUUUUAGUAUUUUACCGAAAUGGCAUGUGAUAAAAACCAAACAUACUAGCAGGUUCGGUGAGUCCGGGAUUGGACGCACCUCGGGUGGCUGGAAGUUUCCCGAACUCACCUCGCUUCGCUCGGUAAGUUCGGGAAACUUCCAGCCACCCUCCGUGCGUCCAAUCCCGGACUCACCUCCCUGCAAGUAUGUUUGUUAUAAAACCUGAACAGAUUUGAAAUUGCUCUCAAUUUCGAAAAACAGCUAUUAGUAUCCAGUUUUUUAUGUAUAUAGCUUCCUUGGGUACUUAUAAUGUAGAAUAACGAACAAAAUUUCUGGAACUCGAAUUUUGUGAACCAGAGGGGGUGUCUUUUCCAACAAAAUAAAAAUGGCUUGCACACGAAAUUUAAAAGCUUUAAUAGAUGGAAAAUGUGUUAGGUUUUAAUCACUGUACAAAAUUUAAGACAACUUGCUUUAGUUUAAGGCCUUUAACUAUUCAUUUUUUCCUAAAAAAUCAGCCUUUCGCAUGCUUGUUUAAUGGGAAUAAUGCUUUUACCUAACAGUAAUUAAAAACCCAACAAACUUUCCAUCUAUUAACUCAAAAUAUGAUUAAAGCUUUUAAAUUUCGUGCGCACGCAAUUUUUAGUUUGUUUGAAAAGACACACACACCCUGAUUCACAAAAUUUGAGUUCGGAAAAUUUGUUUCAUUAUUCAAUAUUAUAAGUACCCAAAUAAGCUAUAUACAUCAAAAACUGGAUACUAAUAGCUGUUUUGCGAACUUGAGAGGACAUUCAUAUCCAGAAACGUCACAGACUUGCUGCAAGUUGCGGAUUUUACCAGCAUGCUGCAAGUUGUCAACAAGUUGCAGCAGGCUUGUUGACGUCAUCAACUUGCAGCAAGCCUGUUGAAAUUUGCAGACUUGAUGCACGUUGAUGAAACUACUUGUAUCAAAUCUGCAAAUGUCAAUUUGCAGCAAACCUGAUAGAACAAUUUGCAGUAAGUCUGGUGAAUGCAGCAAGUCUAAUGAACACAUCAAUGCUGAUGCAAAUUGAGAAAAUCAGGCUUGCUGCAAGUUGUCACAUGCAAGUUGUUUCAUCAACUUGCAUCAAGUCUGUGGAUAUCAAGUUUUGACAAAUCUGAUAGAACAACUUGCAGCAAGUCUGAUGAACGCAUCAAUGUUGAUGCAAGUUCAGAAAAUCAGGCUUGCUGACUCCAAAGACAGUGUACGAGACUUCCAGGAUUCUGAAAAUCCCUUGGGAUUUUUCCCCCAAGAUUUUGUGGGGAGUUUUCAGCAUUUUAUACGGAUAUAUUAGGGAUUUUCGGGGAUUUUUUAUGGAUUUUUUCUAGAUGUACAAGAUUUUUUUGGAGUAAUACACUAUCAGUUGUUGCAAGUUGACAAGUCUGAUAAAAUAACUUGCAGCAAGCCUGUUAGAAUCAGGCUAGUGACUAGUGUUGCAACUUGACAUUUGCAGUAGGAUAUGACCAGGCGGCAAUUGACUAAAGAAACGGUAUAUAUGACGCAAUUAACGGAAACCUUAAUUACUUGUAUAAAACACCUAGUAAUCCGACAAAAGAACAUGCCCUCACACACGCCUUGCCCAGGUGCAAAUUUAAAGUUCAGUGCCAAUGGCAAGCGCACAAUGAGAAUUAAAGUUAUAUUACUAAAUUAGCAUAUCUCUACUCCUACAUUAACGUAUAUUAACGUAUAUAUGCGUGCAGCUACUAAACAACGCUGAAGAAAAUAUUUCUAUGAAAUACGAUCUUUACUUACUACAAACACAACAUUGGAUAAAAUCCUUUGCUGCGGCGGCAUAAAGAGCCUGUGUAUAUUUGUAUAACAUCUGUCUUUUGAUGACAUGCACUGAAGAUGGAAGAAACAUUGUUCUAUUUCUCUGCAGCGCAGGCUGUCUUUUGCAUGCAAAAUUUUCCUUUGCCAAUUAUCUUUCGUUUAUAAACUUCAAAGGCACAUUUUUCGCAAAAACUUGAAAUAUAUGACAUGUGUUCCGACACUCCUGCACUCCACAAUAUUGUGACGUUUUGUCUAACACGAUUGGAAAGAAGGCAAUACUUCCGGAGUAAAAUAUCUAAAGACGCAUCAUAGACUCCGAAAAUGAAUGGAAAGUUAGUGCGCAUUUCAAGUUUAAACGCGCGCUAUUUUAAUACUAAUACUAAAGGUCCAGAUACACCGGACGCGACUCGACAACGCGAUUUUUUAGUUUUUGAAACUUAAUAAAAUAGCCAUUGAGAGCAAAUUUUGGAAGAUAGGUAGACCAAAUAACUCAAAAUGUUAUAGCGCUUCUACUGAAUAUUUGUAAUAUCAGUGAAAAUCGAAAAAUUGCGUCACGUUUUUGUCGAAUCGCGUCCGAUCUGGACCCGUUAUUCGUUAAUAGUCUUUAAUAUGUAAAUGUCAGUAUACUUACAUUGACACACCAUCAUUGCGGUGAACGUCAAAAACGUAGCCAUUGUAUUUACGGUGGGUUUUACGGAACUUCACAAACGCCUUGAUUGUGAAAUAAAAAUUUGCGACGCAUUUAUAUCUGUUCUUUUCAAUUUUGGAAUGAAGCGCUUUCACUCCACGUUGGUCUUCCCUCACUGAUAGAGACUUCGCCGGUGACGCUGGAUUUGCAUUUGCCAUGUUGAAGCUACUAAAAACAGAAAGAAAAAAACACUUAUGUUUCUUGCUAGUUUCUUGCUUUGUAAAUCUAACUCUAUAUUCAUGCAACAAACAAACAAACAAACAAACAAACAAACAGAAGUAUAUACUUACUAUAUAUAUCUGACAGGUUCCAAAACUUGUUGGUUUGUAUUCUUUCCUCUUUUUCGUCUUGUAAUCACUAAUCAGCACCCGAAGUCUACUGUAAACUCGAACUAGCAUGCAAGCUAUAGGCUUAAACUUAGAGUAACUCCGACUUUUAUCCUAUUUCCAAACAAUGGGUGUUUUAUAUGGCAAACAAUGAAGUCUAUUGAAAAGCACAGCAUGUAGCACUUCAACAAUGCCUAUAUUGUAUAGUAAAGAUAUAGAUUAUAGCCAAUAUAGGUUAUAUGAUGAGAGAACUGUAUAUUCUUAAAUUCAAUUUAUUUACCACUGACUUCAUUCAGUUAAUUUACAUUGAUUAUUAUAAUAAAAUUUAGGUAUAUUUAUAUUUAUGUAUGUCAAAUUGAAAGGAAAGGGAGAGGCGAGAAGACCUCAGGAAGUCAAAGACUAAUUGUAUUAAGAGGCCAUGUCAUUGACAUUGUUAUUCAGAAAAAAAUUAAGGCAAAAUUUUUAAAAUUAUUUGUUGCAUGUAUAAUUGAAGCUCCUAUAUAUGACAUGUACAUGCACUAAAUGUUUUCAAUCAAAUAUUUUUGCAAUUUUCGUUUGAAAGAAGAAGUGAUAUUUAUUCCUGUUAUUGUGAUGAAAGCCUAUUGGCGUAUUGCUUAUAUUAGUCUGUUGCCUGUAUUGUAGUCAUGCAUAUAUAGCUGAAAUAGUAGCAAUAUGUCACUAUAGAUCAAUGCAUAAAUAUUACGAUAGCACGGCAAAACUGCACUAUAUCGUUCAUAGAUCAAUGAAAUAAAUGUUACGAUAGCACAGUAGAACGGUGUCCCAGGAUUUUCGCCCCCCCCCUACAUUUUCGCCGCCCGGGGGGCGAAAUUCCUAGGAAUAUCGCCCCCCCCAGGGGGGUGAAAAUCCUAGGAAUUUCGCCCCCCUUUAGGAAAUUCGCUCCCCUUUAGAAACUUCACCUUUUCUUUAGGAUUUUCGUCCUCCGUUCAAAAUUUCGCCUUUCCUAACAGUUGCAUGGGAUAAUUAUUACAUGGCUUUAAUCAUUUGAAAUCAGUAUCAAUUCAAAAUUGUUAAGACAGAGCUUGAAAUAACAACCGAUCACUGAUCAAUGAUCGGCAAGGAAUUGUUUAUGAUCGGCGGAAAAGCAGGGUUUCGGUUUCCAACCUGAAAAAAGCAGGGAAAGUCGCGACUGCCGAUCACCAUGAUCGGGAACUUUGGGAACGUUAUUUCAAGCCCUGCAUGUAAGAAUACAAAUUUACAAUUACAUGUAUCGAAAGGGCUUUACACAGUUACAGUAGAUCAAUACUCAAUAGGACUUAUGACGCUUCACAGCACACCAUGCAUAUUUUGCAUUUUCAGUGUUAAUCCUUAAACUCAUUGUUAAAAAGUAAUCACCAUGGUGGUUAUUGUAAUUAUUGGUAUUGUUUUGCAUCCACGUUUUGUCGUUCUCGGAAAAUGUAUGGUUUGUCACUAUUUUUCCCCGAGCCGGCGGCGCGAAGCGCCGUGCGAGGGUACUAAUUCCCCCCGGCUAUUUACACCCGGGGAAACGAAAGCAUUAGGGAAGUCUGAAGUCCAUCAAAUAUCGCGGGCGUGGGUCACUGUGCGUGUUUCGGUGGGUGGUCAUCCUCACUGAUCUCAAAAAUGUGGCGGACUGUCAUGAAUAGCGAACACUGAUUGGUCAAAUUUAAAAUUUGUUGUUGUACGACGAAUGACGACUUCAACUGACAGAUACUUCAUGAAAAUAUUUUGCUUUUUGCACUGCAAUAUUUUGUACGUUUGCAAAAAACUUUGACAGCUUUCAAAGCAAUUUGUUCUAUAAAAAGUUUAAUAAAACAAUUACGGUAUCAAAUACCAAUUGAAAAGAUAUCGACUACUGUAUGGAGCCAAAUGAAGAGCGGCAAGGAAACGACAAGAAAGCCGAACGUCUAGCGAAAAGGAGGGAGCUAGCGAAGACGACAACGUUUGCUUGAGGAGACUGCUGAGGAAAGAGAAGCUCGCCUGGGAAAGCGUAGAGAAGCAUGGAAAAAAAGACUGCUGAAGCGAAAGGUAAGCAAAGGCUUGUCUUCACAACGCUAUGUACCAAUGAUACUGUAGCUAUAUAUACAAGUUGAAGUAUGAUAUUCGACCCUCUAUAUUCGACUAUUUCUUGAUUUCUUCACAAUUUUCCAAUAAAGAGUUUGUCAUGACACGCUCAAGUCAGUAUAACCAGACUGUAUUUUAUUUAUAUCAGUUAUCACAGCCACAGGCAAUUUUAUGCUGUCAAAUACCGUCGGUUGCAACUAAAGGUGAACAGUUGCAACUAAAGGUGAACAGUUGCAGAUAAAACAUUCUCUAUUCUCAUUAAAAGGCCUGUAAAAGUUUCCAGUAAGUCUCUAGCCCAACACGUUCAGACCACACAAAGUUUUGUUACUUAUUAUUGUCCACUGUACACAUGGGAAACAACAAUUAAGUGUUGUUGUUCUUGACAAACAUUGAAGAUUCUAAUCACGCGAAUGUUUUUAUGAGCAACUGUUCAUCGUUAGUUGCAAGCGACGGUACAAACAUUUUUCCGACUGUGACCGAAUGUGCAACGAUAUAUUUUUCAAAGUUGUUGUCAAUUCCUAAAAUUUGUUUAUAGUAAAACGGCCUGCUCAGCACUCACUACUCACGAUGAUUUCAUUUAGAAAUGCAGUUACCAGGAAAGGAACUGAUUCUAAAAUAUGUAAAUUUAAAAGCAUUGGCUAACAGAAUAAAGCGAUGUGAAGACAAGGUACAAACUUUUAUAGUUGCUAUUUGUUAUAAAAUCCUAUAAAUAAACCGAUUCAACAAUAAUAUUGCCUCGAAUUUGCAUAUUCUAUGCCGCAUGUUUAUAUUUUAUUUUUAUAGUAUAAAAAUAAAAUUGUAAUACUAUGAAAUAAAAUACAUUUCUAUUUAUUGACCAGUACUUAUUUAAUGUUUUCUUCAUCCAGUGGUCAGAGUAAAUUUCUACUUCUAGCAAGUAAAUAUUUGACAAGCAGUUUGGAAUAAGCACCGGACUUUUAAUGCAUCAGCCAAAUCCAAGUGUGCCCAUCCCCCUCGCCCAGCCAUUUUCCUGUAAAGCACAUCCCGGGGGCCGGGGGUUGGGUAUUUCCACUCGAACCUUAGCCCCGGCGGGGCAUUUGAAAAUAACAAUUUCGAUUCUUGCACUUCACUUGGUGGAAUUAAUAUUAGAAUGUUAGGGUUUGUAAUCCACGUGAGAAUAUAUACAUGUAUAUAUUUUGUAAUCCAAGUGAGAAUAUUUUGUAAUCCAAGUGAGAAUAUACAAAUGUAUAGUACAUGUAUAUAUUUUGUGUAUAUAUUUUGUAAUCCAAAUGAGAAUAGUUUGUAAUCCAAGUGAGAAUAUACCAAUGUAUAUAUUCUCACUUGGAUUACAAACCCUAACAUUCUAAUAUUAAUUCCACCAAGUGAAGUGCAAGAAUCCAAAUUAUUGAAGUCCACUUUAUCACAACCCGCACACCCGAUAACCUAAAUAUACAUGAACUUGCGGUUCAAGCUCAACAGCUGGCCUCUGUAGCUCAGUUGGUUAGAGCGCUGCACCGGAAUCGCAGGGCCGUAGGUUCAAUUCCUACCAGAGGACCUUGUGCUGCAUUUUUCGCAGUCGUUCCUGGUUAGGUCUUAAAAUGUAUAUAUUCUCACUUGGAUUACAAACCAUAACAUUCUAAUAUUAAUUCCACCAAGUGAAGUGCAAGAAUCCAAAUUAUUGAAGUCCACCUUAUCACAACCCGCACACCCGAUAACCUAAAUAUACAUGAACUUACGGUUCAAGCUCAACAGCUGGGCUCUGUAGCUCAGUUGGUUAGAGCGCUGCACCGGAAUCACAGGGCCGUAGGUUCAAUUCCUACCAGAGGACCUUGUGCUGCAUUUUUCGCAGUCGUUCCUUGUUAGGUCUUAAAAUGUAUAUAUUCUCAUUUGGAUUACAAACCCUAACAUUCUAAUAUUAAUUCCACCAAGUGAAGUGCAAGAAUCCAAAUUAUUGAAGUCCACCUUAUCACAACCCGCACACCCGAUUACCUAAAUAUACAUGAACUUACGGUUAAAGCUCAACAGCUGGCCUCUGUAGCUCAGUUGGUUAGAGCACUGCACCGGAAUCGCAGGGCCGUAGGUUCAAUUCCUACCAGAGGACCUUGUGCUGCAUUUUUCGCAGUCGUUCCUGGUUAGGUCUUAAAAUGUAUAUAUUCUCACUUGGAUUACAAACCCUAACAUUCUAAUAUUAAUUCCACCAAGUGAAGUGCAAGAAUCCAAAUUAUUGAAGUCCACCUUAUCACAACCCGCACACCCGAUUACCUAAAUAUACAUGAACUUACGGUUAAAGCUCAACAGCUGGCCUCUGUAGCUCAGUUGGUUAGAGCGCUGCACCGGAAUCGCAGGGCCGUAGGUUCAAUUCCUACCAGAGGACCUUGUGCUGCAUUUUUCGCAGUCGUUCCUGGUUAGGUCUUAAAAUGUAUAUAUUCUCACUUGGAUUACAAACCUAGCUAACAUUCUAAUAUUAAGUCCACCAAGUGAAGUGCAAGAAUCCAAAUUAUUGAAGUCCACCUUAUCAUAACCCGCACACCCGAUUACUUAAAUAUACAUGAACUUACGGUUAAAGCUCAACAGCUGGCCUCUGUAGCUCAGUUGGUUAGAGCGCUGCACCGGAAUCGCAGGGCCGUAGGUUCAAUUCCUACCAGAGGACCUUGUGCUGCAUUUUUCGCAGUCGUUCCUGGUUAGGUCUUAAAAUGUAUAUAUUCUCACUUGGAUUACAAACCCUAACAUUCUAAUAUUAAUUCCACCAAGUGAAGUGCAAGAAUCCAAAUUAUUGAAGUCCACCUUAUCACAACCCGCACACCCGAUUACCUAAAUAUACAUGAACUUACGGUUAAAGCUCAACAGCUGGCCUCUGUAGCUCAGUUGGUUAGAGCGCUGCACCGGAAUCGCAGGGCCGUAGGUUCAAUUCCUACCAGAGGACCUUGUGCUGCAUUUUUCGCAGUCGUUCCUGGUUAGGUCUUAAAAUGUAUAUAUUCUCACUUGGAUUACAAACCCUAACAUUCUAAUAUUAAGUCCACCAAGUGAAGUGCAAGAAUCCAAAUUAUUGAAGUCCACCUUAUCAUAACCCGCACACCCGAUUACCUAAAUAUACACAAACUUACUGUUAAAGCUCAACAGCUGGCCUCUGUAGCUCAGUUGGUUAGAGCGCUGCACCGGAAUCGCAGGGCCGUAGGUUCAAUUCCUACCAGAGGACCUUGUGCUGCAUUUUUCGCAGUCGUUCCUGGUUAGGUCUUAAAAUGUAUAUAUUCUCACUUGGAUUACAAACCCUAACAUUCUAACAUUUGAAAUUAAGGAUUUGGAGGUUUUGCGAUCACUGAUAACUUGAUAAUAAUAUAAAACAAAACACUUCUAUCUGCAACUUUUACAAUCACUGAUAACUUGAUAAUAAUUUAAACCAGUCAAGUUGUAGUUUAAAUAGAGAAUAAUGCAUGGGUGCACGAAAUACCAGAUUUAUUUUGAGUGUUGAACAUGAGUGUGCAGCGAACAAGUGAGCGCAGCGAACAAGUGAGCGCAGCGAACGAGUGAGAUGUCAUGUUCAACACAAAAAAUAGAUCUGGUAUUUCCAACCACCCAUGUAUUUUUCUGUUUAUUCUAUAAAGGAUGGUCUUAAAUGAAAAGCGAUAAUUUUUACAGAAAAGCGAUAAUUGAAAAGGCGAUAAUUUUAAUUCACAUGUGAGAUUAUCAUGAAUAAUUUCACAUGUGAGAUUAUCAUUUUUAUCAGUGCUCGAAAUCUCUGUAAAACACUGUACUUUAUAUAAUAAAAAUUCAUAAAUUUGAACCAUGCUAGAGCAUGACAACAGCAAAAGCUCUAUAGUAUGAUGCACAAUAUUUUGGGAGGUGAAAUACACGAACAAUAAAUCAGAGAGUGUUUGCUUGGAACUCACUGGGGGGGGGUGGGUGGGGGGUGCAACACCCCUGAUAAUUGCUCAUGAGGAAUUUCAGGUAGAUUUCCAGUGCACUUUUAGGUAAAUUUAAGUAGAUUUGCAGAAGAUUUUCAGGGGAAUUCAGGUAAUUCUCAGGACAUGAGAAAGUGAAUUUGGAAAACAACUGUAUUUUCGGAAAAAUUAUUAUAUGUCCUGAAAAUUUUUUGUACAUCUGGAAACAUUUUGGUAACCACCCCCCUCCCCCCUCUAUCUAACCUCACACACACCCUGAGACGAAGUGCUAGCAACGGCACUGAGUAUACAUCUUUUGAAAACAGGCGAGGGGUUAUUGCAUGCAUGUAUUUCUAGUAGUACCAUAACUUACGAAAAUCUGCUUCCACUUUGACAGUGGCCUCUCCAUUUUUGAAUUUCGGAUAGACAACAACAACUUGCUCGGAACCAUCUGAUUUCUUAAUCUUAUUAUCUCGGUUCAGAUUGAUGUUGAAAUGUAUGGCUGCAAGGAUGUGCCUAAAUUAAAAAAUAUAAACAAAUGAUCCAUAUUCAAUGCGAAAAGGAAUUUUGUGUCUGCAGGGUUUGAAUUAGCAGUGUAUCAUGUGCAAUUUGCACAUCAUUAUGGCCAAAAUAAAAAAAAAUUGUGCACACACAUUUCUAAAAAUGAUAUGCAAAAAAAAUUUUAACUUAUAGAUGACCUCCAUAGUGUUCUCCUAUAGUUACCAAUAUAUCCCUUAACUAAUUCAAACCCUGUGUGUCAAAAGAUGGAAAGAGUAUUCAUAAUACAAAGGCCUUUUUUAGCAGGAGGUUAAAAUUACAGUGCUGUACCUGAUGUACAUUCCAGGAUAUGAGAAAGCAAUCAUCUUCGGUGCGAAGUGGUUAAGAACUGAGUGGAAGCCUUCAAGGCAACUUGUUUGGGCGAUAGUUGAUGCUUUCUGGAUUCCAGACUUCAAUCUUUUCUUUGUCAAUACCUUCUUUACUUUCUCAUACACAACUGACUCUAAAAGAUAUAGAGGAUAGCAUAUUUUAUAUACAUAGUACAGCAUAUUUAGACACUUCUAACCAAGGGCAGAUUUUCAUUUUUUUAAAAGGAGGGGUGGAAAAAACGAGAACAUUUUUAUUUAUCUACGUUUCGACUAUAUUUCAGUCAUCAUUCUAGUGGGGUGGGUUUAACCCCCCCCCCCUCCCCCCAGUAAAUCUGCCCAUGCUUCUAACAUUUUCAUGGUCACUCACUCUCAUCCAACCAUUUUCGAUGUUCAAUUUCAACAUCAUGGGCACACUUGUUGAAAAUAGGAUCUUCCAAAUCCACAUGCUUAUCAACAACAUGCUCCAGAAAUGAUUUGAAUUUGGCCCAAAUAACUCUUCCAUCACCAGAAGAAGUAGAUGUCGCACUCCAAUGUAGGUGGUUCUGGCAUGGUCGUAUCCACGGUUGGAUUUCUUCACAAUUGGUCUCCUUUCCAAUGUUAGUCAGUACUUUACCAACUUCUAUAAAAAAAACAUUUAAAAUUAAAAUCCAAUAAUGAAAUGCUUCCACCUUGUUUCAAUGUAGGUCUAAACAAUCAGCACAAAGUGUAAACAAAUUGCUAACUUCCUGCCAAAGGGCCUUUGCUUGAAACAUUGACAUUGUUAGUGUUUUAGGUAGCGAUCCAUUGGACCCAAUUUGUUAUACAUGUCUUCUAAAUAAUCUGUAAUGCAAUACUUACUUUUUCUCAGGUGCCAUAAAUCAAAAAAGUGCUUUAUUUUCUGUUCUUUUUCCUUCAUGUGCUUGGCAAUUGAUCCAUGGCGGUCAGUGACAAGAGCCUCAAAUGAGAAGUCAGACUCUGCCAGAAAAUCCAGGCAUUUCUGAAAUAGUAAAGCCAAGUACUCCAUUGCCUGACUGCUACCAGCUUCAUUCCUCUGUUAACAAUAAGAAGUAAUAAUAAAAUUGUUUGACUCAUUGCAUGCAAUUACACUCCUGUUAGGAAUUCUGUUUUAUAUUUUUAAUCUAAUUGGGGACAACAAUUUUUGUUUUUAUACCUGGACAAGUGAGAAAUCAAUUAUAGCAGGUUCUGUGCAACAAAAUAUUGUGUAGGCACAAUACUUAGCACUAUGCCCCAUGCUAUCGUGCCUUCCAUCUCCUGCUAAUACCAGAGGUUCUUCGUUGCUUUUUAGUUGGUCCAUCAAUGCUUUUUGGUAUUUUUUCCAAUGUUUCAGAAUAGCUGGAAACAGUUUGUCCUUCACAUAAAAAUAAUAAAGAUGAAUAAGAAUUAACCCAUCAAGUGGUAUCACUAUCCCCCUGCCAAGUAAAAUCUUAUGGCAUUAAACAGUAAACAGUUAACAGGGUGCAUGGGCAGUCUGAGUAUUCCAUUGAGUGGCAGCACUCUCCCUCCAAUGAUUAAGAUUAUUUGGUGUUAGACAGAGUAAAAUAAUAAAGUAGGGCGCAUAUGGACACAUUGCAAAGGGGAAAACAUCAAUUAUUUUUAUAUACAUUAAAUUAAAAUUAAAUCACAGCUGACCAAUGCAAUGAGUUACCAGUAACAUGACAGUGUAUAUAUGGAGAAAUAGUCUCAUAAAUAAAGCCUCAACCAAAUUCAAAUCAAUCCAUAAUAUUAUUGGACUUUUAUCAUUUACUUUAUCCAAUCAAAUUUCAAGCCAUUCUGUUGAACAGGCCUUGUGUUUAAUAAGGAGAACUACUAAAAAAAUUUAACACAAGGCAAGAUCAACUGUAAAUUUGACAAGUAAGUAAAACAAUAUUAUGAAUAAAUUUGUUAAUUAAUAAUACACAAACAAGAUUGAUGACACCAGCCUGCACAUGGCCACUCAUGAUUAACUAUCACAAGUGUUCUGUUAUGUUAGGCACUGAGUCAUUAAAAAGCAAUGAAUGUUAAUCUCACCCUCUGAUGAUUGUAGAAGGUUCUCAGUGAAAUGCAUGACAAUCCCAUAUGAGAAAGGACUCUCAGCACUUUGCUUGCAGAGGCUCCAGCCAACAAGAUUGCAAAACUUAAGAGAAAGUUUCCUGCAGUUAUUUUGGUUCCUUCCAUGUUUGGUUGACUAUGCCACACAGACUCUCUUUGUUUGCACUCAGGAUUACCACAUUGUGUGUACUGUAACCAUUGUGCCACAUUCAGUAGUUUCGACCAGUGGGUUAUCAGCUUUGCACGAUGGACAAAUAUUAAAAAGCAGUAACAGUUGGGAAAGGAACACUACAUAUUUGGGCUCUGUCCGAAGGUUGCCAUUAGGUUUAUUAGUGCUAAAAGACAGGAUGUAAAACUUAAUUGAAUGGCAAUAACAGUAUAGUUUACAAGCCUGAUCAAAGGCUGUUGAGGCCGAUUCACUGAUCAAGUAACCACAAAGACUGACAGACAUUGCUUCGCAACAUCCGGCCAGGACACAUGUGGAUUAUUUUUGUGUCCCACCAGGACACAUGUGGAUCAUUUUCUUAACAUGGCUUCUUAUAUUAUUAUAGUAUAACUAUGACAUUUGUGAUGUCCAGCAUUAGUGAAAAGUGUCAGUCCAGAGGUGUCAGUCAUCACCCAGUUGGUGCCUGAAAAACUGUCCACAGCACCACUCUCCAUGGCACCCUUCAAAAAAUAUUUUUAGGCUUGAUAGUUCACCAGUGAAAAUAUCACAGCAACAAAGUCAUCUAAGGGCUAUAAUAGAAGAUAAAUGCCAAAGCAAAUAGUAAUAAUUUAUAAUCUUAUUUACCUGGUCUCGAUAUUGGAUGAUUGAUCAGAUUCCUCUUCUGUAAGUUCUGUUUCCAUUUCAUAUUCCUGAGAACUUCCCUGAGAUGGUUCAUCAUCUGUACUUUCUGAGUUCUCAACAGUUUCAAAUUCCUCGCCGGUGGUUUGUGGGUUUUCUCCUGCAGACUUUUCUACUAUUUCAAUGAAUUAAAUCUCUAAUAAAAUACAUACAGCAUGGCAUAUGGUGACCAAUAACUACAGUAGCAUACACACUGUAUUAUCACAGUUAAUAAAUACAGUCUAUACUGAGGCUAGCAAUAACAGACAUUAUAAACAUUCAUUACAGCAUACAAAUUAUAUAAUAUAUAAGAUCUGAGGAGGUGGGGACCAUGUCUCUUGUAUUAAAAUAUUAAUUCAAGCCCAAGGAGCUUACUUGAACAUAAUUCAGCGGUGAUUUUCUUCUCCUUGAUCAAUUUAUGAUUCUCGUCCACAAGUUUAUUACGAAGAAGUCUGUUUUCCUCUUGCAUGGUGACACAUUUGUCACACACGUGUGUGGCUAUUGUUUGAGUGAAUUUCUCACUUUGUAUCCGUUCAUCGUCCUUUGAGGUCAAACAAAAACAAUUGGUAAAUUGUGGAUAAUCAUACAUAUGGUGUAAACCAGCCUCACAAUGUGUAUUAAUUUUAUAAAUAUGUAUUUAAUAACAAAGCUAAGUUUGUAACAAACCAAUUUGCGGUAUGCAAAUUUAAUACAAAGAAUUAAAGUGAAGUGUUACAUGUAAAUAUUUACCGAAACAAUGCUUCCUGCUGCAGAGCUGCCAUGAUGCACAGUUUCCUCCAUAAAACAUCUAUUUCUCCCAACUCAGUUGAUGUAGAUGGCGUAGAUGUUUGUUGCUCUUCUGCGGUUGUUGCAUGUUGUUCUUUCGUAAUCUAUAAAGGGGUUUUUGCGGUAAUCAAUAGAAAUAUUGUGAAAUUUAUUAUAUCGUAUUUAUAAAUAUGCGAAUGUUUUUCAAUAGUGUCUCACCUUGCGUCUAAGCGCUCUUGCUGUUCUCUUUGAUGUUGUAUCUUCGUCGCCUUCGUUGGCAAUCGAAAGUGUUGGAAACGAUGAAACACCGACUUCAUCUUUUUUCAGCCACGGAAUGUACGUUGUUUCUUGCCCAGGCAAAUUUACUUUGCGAACAAAGGCGUCCGGUUCAAAAUGCUUCGAGCAUAUGCAGCUUGUACUGGAAGGCUCCCAUUUAGCGCGUUUGCGCUUAACAAAAUCGACCCAGCGCUUGCGUCGUUUUAUCGGCUCUGGCCUCGAAUCACCAUCGUAAGGAAUCUUGUGAAGUAUUACACCGUUUUUCGGAUCAGGAGUGUUAGAACAGCCAAAUACAACACAAUGCGAAGGCAUUUUACAUUCGCAUGCUUGGCCAAACAAUAGUAAAUUGAUAGUAAAUUGAAACUAGAACAAUCACUUCCGUUCCCGAUUUGACGUCACAAGCCUUAUUCGGACCCAGACUCAUUUCUCCCGGCCAUGUUUAGAAAAAAGGCAGGUUUAGAGCCAAAUAUCUAAGACAAUAUUUAUCGGAUAAGGGAAUGCAUUAUAUCAUUAGAAUCGUCUCGCCAUGGCCAAUUUUUCAGUGAAAAAAUGAAAAUUCUUUCAUAUGCACUUUAAAUUUUUUGAUAAUUUCGUAAUUCAUAUCCCAAAAGAUGAAAAUUGGUUGUAAUAUAGAUAUGUAUUAAUUUAGUAAAUGAAUUUUUUUUUGUUUUUAUAUAAAUUUAUGGAGAUAUUGCCCCUUUAGGUGAUGAGUGACAUGAAAAACAAAGUGUCACUGCUUGAUAAAUGAAAAUACUGACUGAAAAAACUAAUGAUAUAUAUAGGUAUGCAAGGUCAUCUAAACUAAAUUUGGUCAAUCAUAUAUCAUUCAUGUUUGAUUGAAAAGAUCAGACUUUUUUAUGCAAUUGUUUCCGAGAUAUUGCCAUUUUGGUGAAAGCUUGGAAUUCAAUCAUGAAUUUGCCAUAUUGCUUGCCACUUUAGGGGGGUGGUAACAUUGUAACAGCUUGCCAGUUAAUGAGUUAAAGAAUCGAUGAGCGACCCGAAUAAAUAUGCGGAGACUAUUACUAGACAGGACGCUUUAAGCAGCAUAUUUGAAAGCUAUAAAGAAGCAAGCGUGAAAUAUAGCGAAUAUUUAGAGCGAGAAGAAGAUAAAAAAGCGGUCCAAAAACUAUGAGAAAGCGAAGUAUUGAGAUACACCGAAUUCAUUUGAAUUUAUUCGGAAUGGUUGCAUAAUUUAAGCCUGUUAUCUAAAGAGCAUAACCGACAUGCUGAAACGCAUCAUGAAACAAACAAUGUUAUGGAACAAUUAAGACCUUUUAAUAGAACAAUGGCUGAUGCUGCAUUAGAGCCAUUUGUUGAAAUUCCUUUGAAUAGAGAUGCAGCAUUCCAAAUUCCUAAUUUAUUGAAAGAGUCACAAAACGCGCAUUUAUUGAAAGAGUCACAAAAGGUCCACAGAUUAAGCCUGGUGAACCAGACAAGUUAAUGCAAUUGGCUCGGGAUAUGCGUAAUUGUUUGUUGAACUCCACGCAGCUGAACUAUAAAGCGGACAUCAACGCAAUGGAUACCCUUUCGAAGAUUGUAAAGAAACUACCUUCAUAUUUACAAGCAAAGUGGGCAGAACGUUGAUUACAUAAAUGAUUACAUAAAAGGAGGUCACGCUAGAAAAGUUUACGUCAACAUUAAUGACGAUUCAGAAGAAAGGCCAGUCUGGUAUCUUCCGCACCACCCUGUAGUGAAGCCAGAUAAACUGAGGGUUGUAUUCGAUUGUUCAGCGCGUUACAAAGGAACAUCUCUUAAUGACCAGUUGCUGAGCGGUCCUGAUCUGAUGAAUUCACUGGUAGGUGUUCUUAUACGAUUUCGCCAAGAACCGGUAGCAGUAAUGUCUGACAUCAAACAGAUGUUCCACCAGGUUAAAGUGGACCCCAAAGAUAACGAUGCUUUCCGCUUUCUGUGGUGGCCAGACGGCGAUUUAUCUAAGGAACCGCAAUAUUAUGAAAUGCUGGUACAUUUGUUUGGUGCAACCUCCUCCCCAAGUUGCGCGAGUUAUGCACUUAAGAAGACCGCAACUGAUAACCAAGGUGAAUUUGACAUCCAGAUGAUUGACACUUUAAAUCGUAACUUUUAUGUUGACGAUUGUCUCAAGUCGGUACCAUCAGUCGAGAACGCUUUAACUAUUGUACAAGAACUUCCCAAGUUAUUGGAGAAAGGUGGGUUCCAUCUUACAAAGUGGAUUUCGAAUCGCCAGAAAGUAAUUAUCACUUAUUUACUGAGACCUCGGGAAAGCAGUGUGUUUUGUAGACCCGAGACCGUCAAUGUUUCCCGAGGCGAAGCCGAGGGAAAAUUUUGAGAAUUUUGCGGGAACAACCGCUAAUCCUAUCAGAGAUGUACCGGCCCCGUUGACGUCACUUAAGCUAUCUUCGCUGUUAACAAAGCCAUUCUGUCCGGUAAUCUUGUUGCCUACGUCGGAUUCUUGAUGAUCGGGGUUCUUCGAACGUUCACUGUGUAAUUUAUCCCCUUCGUCUGGUUUAAUAUUCAGCGGGUGCAAAUAAGUGGAAUGCUUUGAUUGGCAACCGGUUACCUUACAGAAACUUUCUUUCGGGCAAGCUCUUGCGAUGUGUCCUUGGAACAGACAAUUGUCACACAAACCCUUUCUUCGCACUAAGUUAACUCUUUCUUUGACUGUGUCGCGUUUGAAUCUCUCGCAACGAGGCAGCAGAUGGUCACCGUUACACCUUGGACAUUUGUACUUCUUCGCUUCUAUAUUAAACACAUGUGCGCUUCCAGUGGACGUCUCCGUCUUCUUUGAAUUUGCUUCGCCGUCCACCCCGAAGGAAAGUUUGUUCCUGGGUAACUUGAACUUGGGAUUCUGGUCGUUGAUUAUUUUGCCAAACACUGGGUGCGUCAGGGCUCUAGCCUUCUUCUCUACGAACUUAGCAAGAUCUUCAAACGUAAUGUCCCUCGAUUGGUUGCUUGUUAUGUCGUCGGCGACGUCACGCCACGAUCUUCUAAGGGAAAACAGUAGCCUAUUCACAACCCUUUGCAAAUUGUCUGGAUUUUCAAGUUUGUGCUUGUAUCCAAUAUCUUCCAAGGUGUUCUUGCAACUUGUAAUCAGAAUAGAAAACUUAUGAAGUGCUGUUCCAUCUUCGUCUUUGAUAGGUGGUGAGUUCACAAUUCGAUCUAUGUAAGCAGUUGCUAUUCUGUAAUUUUGCCCGUAUCUCUGUUUAAGGAGCGAUCUUGCCUUUCGGUAGCCGUCUUCUGAUUUCAUCGUUAAACAGCUUCGCAUCAAUUCCUGGACAUCUCCAGACGUAUAUUGAAUCAGGUAAUGAAGCCUUGCGCCACUGUUCAUCGUCUUGUCUUCAACAAGGGUCUCGAACGAUCGUAUAAAGUGGCAAUAUUCUAUUGGGUCACCGCUAAAGGUCGGAACUUCAACAUUCGGUAAUGUCAUGGAUGUAGCCAGUCGAUAUUGUUGAUUCAAUAGUUGUUGCAUGUAUUGAUCCCGAUAUUGCUGUGAUUCAAACAUCUGUUGAUUUUGAUUCAGCUGGAGCUGUUGUACAUUUACCAUCUCUCGCAGGAAGUUUUCUGCCGUCUCUGAGUCGUCAGAAACAUCAUCUUUUUUGGUUUCUCCUCUUAGCUUCGUACUAUGAAUAGACGAUUUGACUUGAGUUGAUUUUUGGUCUCCUUGCACUCCAGUGUCUAUU